CCUCGUGACGGGCUGUUAGCUAGGUGUUUGUGCAAUUUCUGAUGUAAAACAGGAAUAGGGUAAAUCAAUCAGAUUAAUUUCUUUUGUCGAAAUUUUAAUGUUUACAUUUUUCUUGUAAAAGUAUCGUAUUUCUAUACCAAGAUAUUUAACUAGAUAGUCAUGACACUCCGAAGCAAAGACUUACUUGUGCGGAUAUCAUUUUAUUGGAAACCUUUAUUUUCUGGCAAAUAUCUGUUAGUAACAAACAUUGUCAGUGGGGGAGGCAUGCUUGGUCUGGGGGACAUUAUUCAGCAAAGCAGAGCAAAGCGAAAAACGCCGACGAAAGAAAGGGAUUGGUUUCGCACAGGUCGCAUGUUUGCAGUUGGCUGUUCCAUGGGACCAUUCCUUCACUACUGGUAUCUGUGGCUGGACAGAGUCUAUACUGGAAAAGUUCUGAAAAUUGUUGCCAAGAAAGUCUUAAUAGACCAAAUAGUUGCAUCCCCACUUCUUGGGGCAUGGUACUUCAUAGGCUUGGCCAUCAUGGAAGGCAAUGGCUGGGAGAAGGGCUGCACUGAGUUUAAACAAAAGUUCUGGGAAUUCUAUAAGGCUGACUGGAGCGUCUGGCCGACUGCACAGAUGAUCAACUUCUACUUCCUGCCAGCUAGGUUUCGGGUUUUGUAUGUAAACACGGUUACAUUAGGAUGGGACACCUACCUCUCCUAUCUUAAACACAGAACUGAAGAUGAACAGAUGGACCAAGUGGAGCCAGAGCCACAGGACCCACCAGUGCCUCUUCCCCACAUGAAGUCACUGGAUGAAAAACACCAUGUUUAGCUCUUUUUUAACUAUUGGGCCUGGAAUGAUCACUCGAAUAUGUUCAUUCUGGAGGAGUGUUCAUUUGAUGUUUCAUCUUUUAAAGUUAAACAGUCAUAAUUCUGCAACUUACUUUGUGUCUUAAAUUAAUCCUGCUGAAAGGGUUCAGUGCUAAAGCAAUUGAGAUGUUCCUGUCAGCAUUUCUGACAACACCAGCCAGUUCAGUCAGCUCUGGGCCCACAGAGAGAGAGUAGCAGACUCCACAUCCCUUGGACCAAUUUUGCAUAGGUAUUUCAUUGAAUCUGGCCCCAAAUCUAUACUUGAUGUUUAUAGACUGUCAGUUGUCAAUAAGGUAGACUGUAGCCUAACCUUAACAAAUGGUGUGCAAUUCUUUUGGUUAAUGGUUUACGCUGUUUACCCCAACUGUAGUGCUGUUUAAGUAUUCAUACAGAUAAAAUAAAUAAAUUACAGAGGAGAGAACACUUUAAAAUUUCUUAUGUAGAAAUAUUAUUACUUCAUAUGUACUAAGAAGUCAAAGCACUCCUUCAGAAAAGCUGUGUAAGCAGAAGUGAAAUAUAAUUAAUUUUACAAUAUUGAAGUAACUGCAUUACAGUGUUCCUGCAUCACUAUGAAUCAGGUUAUCAUUACAAUGUACAAGUGACCACAAACUGGAGAAAUUGCUCACUGACAUGCAGUGAAAUUUAGCCAUAACUCAGCUGUAACACAGUUACAGUAGUCUCCAGUAUAAGUACUAGCCUUAAAAAUCCAGGAGGUCUUCAGUCAUAUACAUAUACAUGUAACUUGUUACUUUUCAUUACUUCUAGUUGUUUCAUCGGUUUGUGUGGGAUUUUUUUUCUUUUAUAUUCGCAUUUCUGGUUGUGAUCAUAUUUAUUGAAAAACCACAAUAAUAAAUGAGUGGUAGUAUUCUCA